AUGACUAUGAUGGAAGGCGGUACCACGUUUGAAGCCGUGAGUAUACCUCCCCUGGUCAAGGGUGGCGGGGCUGACCAAGGCAUUCAGACACGAGGCGGCAGGAUACAAGCAUACGAGCGGAGACUGUCUACAAAGGCCGAUUAUGACCUGGGAAAGAACGCUUGGAAUGCUUCGAGCCGGAUCUGGGGAACCUCCAAGUCGUUCCUCGACGGCGCUGUCGACGACGACCCGAUGCGGCCAACUCCUGUCCGUCAAGGCUCGCUUUCAAAUUACGCUCAGAUCAAGACCGUCACAUCGUCCUUGCGUACGCCGACGGACAUCAACAAUGAAAAUGUCCCCCAAUCCAAAAUGUCGUGGAGCUCCAUGUCAUCCUCCGUUAGCUUUUCAACCCGGCAAAAAGGCCAACCCCUGUCACCAACGAAACAACGACAGAACCAGAUUCUGGAAUUUGUGGCUCACGGUUCGAACGGGACAAAUGAACAACCCAGCUUGUUUGCUGGCAGUGAUCCGGACGUGGACGACAUUCCAGAUGCCCACCAAGCACAGAAUCAUAGGCGUGCUCUUGCAGCGGCUGGUUCUCGAGCGAUCCCUUCCCCGUCCCGGGCGGCUACCUUCGGCUCAAGUCAGCUCGAUCCCCAGAUCCAGGCAUUCAACUCGAGCAGGUUCCGUCAUAAUGGGGCCUUCUCUGUGGUCCAGGAGAAUGAGAAUGGUCACAACCGUAUUGGCAGCAGCAUCACCCAUUUGAAGGGGACUUCAGAUAUGUCGCCAUACCUCGAUGGACUUGGCUCUCACAUACCGAUGAAUGGGAUGUCAUCCGAGACCUUACACCAGCACGGACCUAGAUCGCCAAUACAUGGAAAGCUCAAUAGCCGCCUUGUGAAUUUCGAGCAUGUGGAUCAGUAUCCUCCAGCUGCGAACCAAGAUUAUGAUGAUAUACUCAAAUCCUACGGAGCCAUGACCUUGGCUCAGGCGACUGUCGGAGCCUUCCCGCCACGGAUGCCGAUCCACCAGUCACAGUUUCAGCGAGACAUUUCUCAAUCCUCUGCUCAUCAUGACCACCUGGACAGCACAUUUCAUCAAGCAAACCCUCGUGUACAAGACGUUGGAUCACGUCUGAACCCUCAAGCUCCACCUCAUCAGUAUGGUGGCUUCCAAUAUGCAGGUCGCGGCUCACUACCCCCACUCCCAAACGACUACCGAAGCAACCUGAACAGUCCGUACUAUUCAGCGGCAGGUACGCCCCCCACGGGACCGCAGUCGGUUCAGAGCACACCUGGAAGCGGUGUAUCCAGCCGCACAUCUCAUCAUGACCAGUUCGUCCUUGAUCGCAAAUUUGCCGGCCCUGACCAGUACGGAUUCGACCAGUCGCUAUUUGGUCCAACUUCUGUCCCGCCACCAGCGAUUACUGCCUAUCAGUAUGAUGCUCAGACAUCUGGUCAACCAUUGCGGAUGAAUCCCCUCGCACAUCCCUAUGUCAGCCACGGCCAUCCCUCGAUGCACAACUACCCGACUGGCCCUCGCAUGCCUAUUCGCGAGCUGGAGCAGCCUCACGUUGUCAGAAGUCCUCUGCUGGAAGACUUCCGAUUGAACAGCAAAAACAAUCGAAAAUUUGAGCUCAAAGACAUCUACGGCCAUGUCGUCGAGUUCAGUGGUGACCAACACGGGUCACGAUUCAUCCAGCAAAAGCUCGAGACUGCCAACAGUGAUGAAAAGGAGCAGGUCUUCAAGGAGAUCCAGCCUAACCUGCUUCAACUUAUGACUGAUGUGUUCGGAAACUACGUGAUCCAGAAAAUGUUCGAACAUGGCAACCAAACACAGAAGAAGAUCCUGGCCCACCAUAUGAAAGGUCACGUCCUUCACUUGUCCAUGCAGAUGUAUGGAUGUCGUGUGGUACAGAAAGCAUUUGAACACGUCCUGACCGAUCAGCAAGCGAGCCUUGUCAAAGAACUUGAUGGUCCUAACAUGCAAAUUCUGAAGGUUGUCCGAGAUCAGAAUGGCAAUCAUGUUGUACAAAAGGCCAUUGAGCGGAUACCGGGGGAGCAUAUCCAAUUCAUCGUUGACGCCCAUCGAGGGCAAAUGGCAAAGAUGUCAACUCAUCAGUAUGGGUGUCGCGUGGUCCAGCGGAUGUUGGAAUAUUGCCAACCGACGGCCAAGCGGGUGAUCUUGGACGAGCUUCUAGAGCAUAUCCAUCCACUCAUCAGUGACUCCUACGGCAACUACGUUGUGCAACACAUCAUCCAAAAUGGAGAGCCUCGCGACCGGCGACAAGUUGUGGAUAUCAUCCUGUCACAGCUCCUAGGCUUCUCCAAGCACAAGUUUGCCAGCAACAUCGUCGAGAAGAGCAUCGAUUGUGCAGAUGAGGACCAACGGGAACAGAUCCUUCGUGGGUUGACCGCACCCAACGACCAGGGUGUGACGCCUGUGCUGGGACUGAUGAGAGAUCAAUAUGGUAACUAUGUGUUACAGAAGGUCUUCAAUCAACUGCAAGGGGCCAAGCUCCUGGCCUUGAGGGCAGACAUGGAGCACAGUUACCCCAUGCUGCGUCGCACUAGCUACGGCAAACAGGUCAUUGCCAUUGAAAAGCUCCUGUUUGGGAACAAUGGGCCUCCCCCUCUUCCUCCGACGUCCACCACGAGCAGUCGCAGCUCGAUUCCGCCGAGCACGAAUCCAAGCAGCAACGCUGAUAGCGAGGCGCCUUCUUUGCACCAGACAGACGUCAAAUAG